GAACCAGGAAGAGCUGCCAGCUGGGGGAGGUAUGUAUCGCGCUUGCCACAUCUUCCCAACAUUGAACCUUUUGAUAAAUGUAUAACUUCUAACUUCUAACUCCUAAUACUCUAGCAAUUGCAAUCGCAACCGCAAUCAGAGCCCAGAUCGAAAUCGCAAUCGCAAUCGAACACAAUGCACGUCGAACGCAGCAUCAAGCUCGUUACCGAGCAACACAACAUUCCGAAGCCUUCACCAAUGCCCGAGUUCCCGAUGAAGGAAUGGUCUGUGAAGAUCUACGUACUUGACCAGGCCGGUAACGAUCACCCCGCCAACUGCUUCACCAAGGUCACUUACAACCUUCACCCUUCUUUCGAGGACAAGACUCAUCAGACAUUUGUGGACCCACCAUUUACAUGCGCCAAUGAGGGCUGGGGCGAGUUCGAGAUGUCCAUUGACCUAUUCACCACCGAGAAGGGCGGUAAGACUACCGUCUACCACGAUCUGAACUUCCAGUCCCCUCGAUACGAAGUCGUACAAUCGGUCACUUUCAAGAAUCCUUCUCAGGCUCUCCUGUCUAUCCUCCGAGAGACCGGCCCGAUUCCCAACGACGAUGAUUCUAAGGCCGCUGCCAAGUCUCGCAAGACCAAUGAUCUAAAGAAGAAGAAGGCUGCCUACGACUUCGAGAAGAUGGCCGACGGUCUUACCAAGCUGAACGAGGAUGAUCUUCUUCAUGUAAUCCAGAUGAUCCACGAUCACGGUACGGAGGACACCUACACGAAGAAUGAUGUUGAGAAUGGCGAAUUCACCGUGGACUUGUUUACCCUCCCCGACAGUUUGGCCAAGAUGAUCUGGGACUUCUUAGUUGAGAUUAAGACUAUCUCUUAGACUGAUCACAGAUCUCGAUGGUUGGCGUUCGUACGGACUGGGGACAGUCUCUUGGUCAUAUCUUCUCUUCGCAGAAUUAGGUUGCAUUGCAUUGGCAUCGGCGUUGAAGGUUUAGGCAAGGCACCUCUUUUUAAGUGUCAGGCAGGUGGCAAUGGUGACAUUGGCGUAUGGUUGCGUUUAAACGCCCCACGCGAUAGAUACCCUGUAGUCAGUCUCCCGACGAAUGCCAUCGAAGGAUUUUUGAAACGAGAGCAGUGCGAUAUCUCGAAUCCGUACAUUGUGACAUCCAUUUUUGAUAGGUAUUAUGUGGUAGGCAUUAUGCGCGCAUAGAGAUGCGGUAAGCCGCAAGGGAUAACUUAAUCGGAUGCUCAUAUGUACGAUCCAAAAAGGAGGCGUCAAAAUGACAGGUAC